UGUUGUUGUUGUUUUGUUGUUGUUGUUGUUAGUACUGCUGUUAUUGUUAGCGUUGCAGCUCUUGCUUUUGUUGUUGUUAUUGUUGGUGGUUUUCGGCGUUUUUGUUGGUAUUACCCUUAUUAUCAUCUGUGUUAUUUUUUAUUGCUAUUAUUAUUCCUCCUUCGUGCGGUAAAACAAGACAGUUAUAAUCUCCGUCCUUUUAAUUCGUGAACUGAUUCGGCUAUUUCCGGAGAGCUGAGCGAGUGACCGAAAGAGUGAGAGAGAGAGAGAGAGAGAAACAGAAACAGACAGAGGGGGGAGCGGGUUUAUCUCAGCAGCGCAGCCGCUUCGCAGUGCCUGCAGCUCGGUCAGCGGUCUAGUGCAUCUCGGUUCGGUUCCGUUCGGCCUGGUCCGGUUCUGGCUGCUAAAUGUGGGGUUAAUCCGAGCCGAAGCGCUUCGGUCCGGGCCGCCUGAGGAAUAGACCAGCAGCAGAAAGGAUUGGAGCCGAGGCUCUUCUACUACAGGAGACUCAAUAGUGAGGCAGCAUGGCUGACACUCAAGAUAAAUCUGGUGUUUCAAAUGGUGGUGCAGAUGAUCCGGAGAAAGGAGAGGGACGAGGAGAUGAAGGAGACGCUCCCUCAGCCACAGAGGAGCCAGCGCGUCCCAAAUCAGAUUUGAGUCCGUCUCCAGAGGCUCCUAAGGCUGAGGACAGACCGAUGCCAGACGCAGAGCGAGAACAGGAGCAGCCGGCUGGAGAGGAAGAGGAGGACACAGACAGCAUGGACGGCAGCGGCCUCUACUCUCUCACUGAGGAGGGCGAGCGGGAGAGCGAGGGAGGCGGGCGGAGAGAGAGAGUGAAAGACGAGGGCAGCAGGAGAGCGGGCAGGAAGCGGAACCGCCCCAGCGGCGGAGGAACCUCGGGUCAUUCCUCCAGCUCGGAUGAGGAUGAUGAUGACGACGAAAACGACAAAGAGGAGGAGCUGGAGGAAGAGGAGGAGGAGGAUGAACAGAAAGUGGAGGAGUGGCUGGGGGAGGAUCUUAAAGAGAUGGGCGGUCCCCGGUGGAGAGCGGUGCCGUCUCUGCGGGCACGAGAGAUCGGACGAGGCUCGGCUCAGUUCGUGCGGCGGGUGUGUGGUUCGAGGGGUCUGGUGCAGAGGCUGGAGCUUCAGGGUCGACUGGAACGCCACUCAGGCUGCGUCAACACGCUCCACUUCAACCCGUCCGGCACGCGACUGGCCUCCGGCAGCGACGACCUGCGCGUGGUCAUCUGGGACUGGGCGCGCAGACGGGCGGAGCUGGAGUUCGACACCGGACACAAGAGCAACGUCUUUCAGGCUAAGUUCCUCCCCCACAGUGGAGACACCACCCUGGCCAUGUGCGCGCGGGAUGGACAGAUCCGAAUAGCCGAACUCUCGGCCACGCAGCGCUGCAAAAACACCAAACGAGUGGCCCAGCACAAGGGCGCCGCACACAAGCUGGCGUUGGAGCCGGACUCGCCCUGCUCUUUCCUUUCUGCUGGAGAGGACGCCGUCGUGUUUGGCAUCGACCUGCGUCUCGACCGGCCAGCCACUAAACUGGUGGUGGUGAAGGAGGGCGAUAAGAAGGUGGGUCUGUACACCAUCUUCGUGAACCCAGCCAACACAAAUCACUUCGCUGUUGGAGGAAGAGAUCAAUACGUCAGGAUCUACGAUCAGAGAAAGAUCAAUGAAAAUGACAAUAACGGUGUUCUGAAGAAAUUCUGUCCCUCAAGCCUGGUGUCCAGCGAGUCCAAGACUAACAUCACUUGCUUAGUGUACAGCCACGACGGCUCAGAGCUCCUGGCCAGUUAUAAUGAUGAAGACAUUUACCUGUUCGACUCCAGCCACAGUGACGGAGCUGAUUACCGCAGGAAAUACAAGGGCCACCGCAAUAAUGCCACAGUGAAAGGCGUGAACUUCUACGGGCCCUGCAGUGAGUUUGUGGUGAGCGGCAGUGACUGUGGACACAUAUACCUGUGGGACAAACACUCAGCCCGAGUUGUGCAGUUCAUGGAGGGAGACAGAGGAGGAGUGGUGAACUGUCUAGAACCUCAUCCACACCUGCCGGGUUUAGCCACCAGCGGUCUGGAUCAUGAUGUGAAACUAUGGGCCCCCACUGCUGAGAACCCCACCAGCCUGAAGGGCCUCAAAGAGGUGAUGAAGAAGAAUAAGCGGGAGCGAGACGAGGACAGUGCCCGUCACGGAGAUCAGUACGACACACAGCUCCUCUGGUUCCUGAUGAGACACAUGAGGAAUCGCAGACCUCUCAGAGCCCGGCGUGGCGAGGGUGGAGAAGGAGACACUGACGAGUCCUGGAGCUCCCCUGACUCCUCUGAUGAAGAAGAUGGAGGUCCUGACCAUGUCCAGUGCAUGUCCUCCUGAGCCACGUGCACACACACACAAACACACACACACACACACACACACACACACACACACACACACACACACACACACACAUGCCAGCUCAUUGCCGUAUUUAAGCACAUACAUAUUUUGUGACACACUGGUUCAGUCUCUGACAGUAAAAGGCCAGCAAUGAACAAAC